GGAAUUGCCGACGACGCCGGCGAGCGAGACUACGAGUCCCCAUAGGCCCCUGCGCAACUCCGGCUGGGCAGGAUUCCGGACAACGCCUGGUUCCUCUCGGGUCCUUCCGGCGUCGCCGGAGUGAAUUGAUCCGGGAGUUGAAGAGGGUUUCAAAGGUGGGAAGUGAAGUCAGUGCCUCAGUUGCCGGUCAAUAUAUGUUUUGUGCCCUAUUCUUUUAUCACAAAAAAGAGAAGGAAGGCUGCAGUGAAUGAAGAUUCCUCUGCAUUUUAGCACUGCUUUUUCUACUGUAGUUGGCUUUUGAAUGAGGAUGACAAUGGAAGAGAUGAAGAAUGAAGCUGAGACCACUUCCAUGGUUUCUAUGCCCCUCUAUGCAGUCAUGUAUCCUGUGUUUAAUGAGCUAGAACGAGUAAAUCUGUCUGCAGCUCAGACACUGAGAGCAGCCUUCAUUAAGGCUGAGAAAGAAAAUCCAGGACUCACACAAGACAUCAUUAUGAAAAUUUUAGAGAAAAAAAGUGUAGAAGUCAACUUCACAGAGUCCCUUCUUCGAAUGGCAGCUGAUGAUGUAGAAGAGUAUAUGAUUGAACGACCAGAGCCAGAAUUCCAGGACCUAAACGAAAAGGCACGAGCACUUAAACAAAUCCUCAGUAAGAUCCCAGAUGAGAUCAAUGACAGAGUGAGGUUUCUGCAGACAAUCAAGGAUAUAGCUAGUGCAAUAAAAGAACUUCUUGAUACAGUGAACAAUGUCUUCAAGAAAUAUCAAUACCAGAACCGCAGGGCACUUGAACACCAAAAGAAAGAAUUUGUAAAGUACUCCAAAAGUUUCAGUGAUACUCUGAAAACCUAUUUUAAAGAUGGCAAGGCAAUAAAUGUGUUCAUAAGUGCCAACCGACUAAUUCAUCAAACCAACUUGAUACUUCAGACCUUCAAAACUGUGGCCUGAAAGUUGUAUAUGUUAAGAGAUGUACUUCUCAGUGGCGGUAUUGGACUGCCUUUAUCUGUAAAUUUUAAAGUUUGACUGUAUAAAUUAUCAGUCCCUCCUGAAGGGAUCUAAUAAUCCAGGAUGUUGAAUGGGAUUAUUGCCAUCUUACACCAUAUUUUUGUAAAAUGUAGCUUAAUCAUAAUCUCACACUGAAGAUUUUGCAUCACUUUUGCUAUUAUCAUUCUUUUAAGAAUUAUAAGCCAAAAGAAUUUACGCCUUAAUGUGUCAUUAUAUAACAUUCCUUAAAAGAAUUGUAAAUAUUGGUGUUUGUUUCUGACAUUUUAACUUGAAAGCGAUAUGCUGCAAGAUAAUGUAUUUAACAAUAUUUGGUGGCAAAUAUUCAAUAAAUAGUUUACAUCUGUUAAA